AUGUUGGUGCUAAUAACAUUCUUCAUUGCUUUAAUAACUUCGAUUCUUUUUUACGUUCAUCGAAAAUGGGAAGAAGAUGAUGCGAAAAUGGGAAUUUCUGGGCCGCCAUGUUUGCCGGUGCUUGGAAAUAUUUUGGAAAUGAAGAAAUAUUUCAAAGAUGACACUGCAAACGAUAGAUAUUUGGAGUUCUUUGAGAAGUAUGGUGAUACUUUUAGACUGAGAUUGGGACCGAAAUUGAUUAUUUUUACACGAGAUAUUAAAGUUGUUGAGAACAUCGUAAACAAUCCAAAAUUCAAGAAAAGCAGCGAUUACAAGCUGUACGAACCUUGGCUUGGAGACGGUCUCUUAUUAUCUCACGGCGAAAAAUGGCACAAAUUACGAAAAUUAUUAACUCCAGCAUUCCAUUUUGAAAUUCUCGAGCGAUUUAUUCCCAUUUACGAAGAUCACGGUAAAAUUUUCGUCGAUAAGAUACGAAAAUUAGGUGAAGAUAAGGCAGUUAGUAUCGUUCCAUGGUUUCAUGCUUACACGUUGGAUGUCAUUUCCGAAUCAUCGAUGGGCUACAAAUUAAAUGCACAGAAUGACCCUCAAUCGAAAUUUGUGCUCGCCAAUAAGGGGCUCCUCGACGUAACAAUUCAAAGAUUUUACUUUCCUCAGUACCGGAUUGACUGGAUUUGGCGCUUAACGUCAAUGUACAGGAAGGAAAAAGCUUUGAUUGAAUAUUUUCAUAAUUUUGUCGAUGAAAUUAUCACAAAACGAAGAGAUUUCUUGUUGUCAGAAGGAGCUUCGAAGCAGAAACGACCCGCAUUGUUGGAUAUUUUGUUGCAAGGACAAGUCGAUGGUCAACCGCUCUCGAAUGAAGUCAUUCGUGCUGAAGUUAAUAACUUCAUGUUGGCAGGACACGAAACCACAGGCACUACUUUAGGGUUUUUGGCUUACAUUUUAGCCAAAAAUCAAGAUGUUCAACAAAAAGUUUACGAAGAAAUUUGCGAAAAAGGACUUAAUAACACUGAAAAAUCCUUAAAAAUUAUUGAUUUGAAUUCAUUGGAAUACUUUAACACGGUCAUCAAGGAAACACUUCGACUUUAUCCGAUUUUGUCAGGAGCACUCAAGGAAAGUUCUGAAGAUUUGCGGGUUGGAAAGAUAUUUGUUCCUGCAAAUACAGCUGUUUGUACGGCAAUUCGUUCGAUUCAUCUGAACGAAAAACAUUUCGAUAAUCCGAGGGAAUUUGAUCCAAGUCGAUGGGAACAAGAAACUUCUAAAGAGGAGAGGAGUCCUUAUACGUAUCAACCAUUUUCUGCUGGGUUACGGAAUUGUAUCGGACAAAAAUUCGCACUUUUGGAGCUGAAAUGUUUGAUGGUUGAAAUUUUGAGAGAAUUCUCGAUGGAACUUGAAGAUCCAGAUUUUGAAAUAGAUGCGAGAUGGGGAUCACUUGGGUAUUCUAAAGAAGAUAUUAUGGUGAAAUUUAAAGCGAGGCACUGAAAAAAAGUUCGUAAUCACUUUUUUGGUGGAAUGUUAACAUGAAAAACUAAAUAAAUAUAUUUAAGAUAAGGGAAGAUUUGGAGAAGAUAAAACAAUUCUGUGACUAAAACAGUUGAGACUCUACUUCGAUUUUUUUUUUUGUAAAAUAAAAAGGUUUUUAGUCUAAAGUUUUUGUUCGGGCUUUAAGUUUUUAAAAAUUAUUUUGUCUUUCAAUUUUAAACUUUUAAGUUUUUCUUG